CGGGACGGCUGAAAACCCCUGGCCCGGCCCGGGCGCGCCACUCGCCCCGACCGCGUCCGAGCGCACAGCCCCGAGCACGCUUGGCCGUCACCGCCGUCACCAUGGCCAACCGAGGGCCCUCCUAUGGCCUCAGCCGGGAGGUUCAGCAGAAGAUCGAGAAGCAGUACGACGAGGACCUCGAGCAGAUCCUCAUCCAGUGGAUCUGCGGCCAGUGCCGCAAGGACGUGGGCCAGCCCCAGCCCGGCCGCGACAACUUCCAGAAUUGGCUCAAGGACGGCACGGUGCUGUGUGAGCUCAUCAACGGGCUGCACCCCGAGGGCCAGGGCCCUGUGAAGAAGAUCCAGGCCUCGACCACGGCCUUCAAGCAGAUGGAGCAGAUCUCCCAGUUCCUGCAGGCGGCCGAGCGCUAUGGCAUCAACACCACCGACAUCUUCCAGACCGUUGACCUCUGGGAAGGGAAGAAUAUGGCCUGUGUGCAGCGAACUCUCAUGAACCUGGGUGGGCUGGCGGUGGCCCGGGAUGACGGGCUCUUCUCUGGAGACCCCAAUUGGUUCCCCAAGAAAUCCAAGGAGAACCCGCGGAACUUCUCAGACAAACAGCUGCAGGAGGGCAAGAAUGUGAUCGGUUUACAGAUGGGCACCAACCGCGGGGCGUCGCAGGCGGGCAUGACUGGCUACGGGAUGCCUCGCCAGAUCCUUUGAUGCUGCAACCGCCGGCCCGCCCUCCCAUGGAUGUUAAUAUAUAGAAUCUCUCAGGCAGUGACAUUCCCGUGACCCACCCCACGUGCCAUGCUCCGGGCCUGAGGGCCAUCUCUUGUGCUCGCCAGCACUUAACUUUUCUCCUAAACUGGACCAAUUCACUCAGCCUCUGUCCAGGACCAAAGUCGAGGGAUCGCCCCGACCACCUACCUGCCCUCUCUCUGGCCUCCCCUCUGGGCUCCGUGCCCUUUCUCAUUCCUUGGCCAGGGUCAGGGUCACCAUCUGUGGCCUGCCUGCCACCGCCAGGCCUCACCCGUGGCCCUGGAGGCCAGCACGUGGUUUCCACGAGGGGUCCGGUGGCUCUGGCCCUGUGACCCCUCUUGCCGUUCUUUCACUGUGGCUGAGAGUGGGAGGAGGGACAGGGAGGGCUAGGGUGCCACUGUGAGCCGAAGCUAGAAGAAUCUAGUUGACCAAUAAAGAAUCUGAUUUUUUUUGAUGGA